AUGCAACGCAAUGGUAUGGUAGUAACUCUAUUCCUGGCUGGUUUCCAGUGUACCCGCUGUUCGCGACGACAGGGGUUGCGGUGGGGAUCUGCGUGGUGCAGCUGGUGCGCAACAUCACCACCAACCCGGCCGGAGCGGGUGAUCAAGGAGAACCGGGCGGCCGGGGUGCUGGACAACCACGACGAGGGGCGGCGCUACUCGCAGCACGGCGUGCGUAGGUUCUGGCUCUCCAAGCGCCGCGACUACAUGCAGGCCAUGGACAACGUGCCCACAGACCCAUCGUCGUCAACGCCCACCACCAAGUAG